AUGUCGUCAUUCACCGAUGCUCGCUUCCAGUCCCCAGAGCCUGCAGCACCUCCGGGCUACGAGAUCAACGCAAGGCACGUAGCCGACAAGAACUGGCGAAGGGACCAUCGCCGCCAGUACCGCUUCGUCUACCACCAGCUCGAAAAGAAAGGCGACUUAUGUCAGAUUUGCAUCACGUCCGGCCACCAAGCCAUCAAUUGCAAGCUCUUCUUGGCUACCGCGGCCGAUGCGAACAAGUGGAUGGAGUCCGAGGCCGACCGCGAGAAGACCGAGUCCGAACGUCUUGCGACCGAGUUGCAUGUGGUGCACAAGUACCGUCGUCGAGAAUUGUUGGGCCUCAUCUGCCUACUUGUGGCUGGCAUGCUACUUCUGAUACUCACGAUCAAGACGACCAAGCUCCUUGUCGUCGCCUCGAUGAUUUCUCUCCUCGUCUUCGGCAUGCUGCUCGUCUUCAACAAGAUCGUGGUCGACUUCGCCAAGCGCCGUAAGUGA